CCCCCGCCCCCCAAAUGGCCAAAGCUGCAGUGUGAGGCAAUCGCUCUACCCUUGACCCUUUCCUCUGCGCAGUGAGUGAUGGCUUUUUUAUCUCCCGGUGAUGAAGCACAGCCUUCAGCUGGGGACAUUUAAAACGCAGGACCCAGGGGCGGACCUUGAGGAGCCCUGACAGCAAGGUGCAAAGGCAGCAGCGGCAGCCCGGCCACUGCCCCAUCGGCCGCGCACCAUGCUGCUGGCAACGUUUAAGCUGUGCGCGGGGAGCUCCUACAGACACGUGCGCAACAUGAAGGGGCUGAGGCAGCAAGCUGUGUUGGCCAUUGGCCAGGAGCUGAACCGGAGGGCCCUGGGGGGCCCGAGCCCUGGCACCUGGAUUAACCAGGUUCGGCGGCGGAGCUCUCUGCUUGGCUCUCGGCUGGAAGAGACUCUCUACAGCGACCAGGAGCUGGCCUACCUUCGGCAGGGGGAGGAGGCCAUGCAGACGGCCUUGGACAUCCUCGGCAAUCAGGAGGGCUGGAAGAAGGAGACCCAGCAGGCGAAUGGGGACAAGGUGCUGAGCAAAGUGGUCCCGGACGUGGGCAAGGUGUUCCGGUUGGAGGUGGUGGUGGACCAGCCCGUGGAGAGGCUCUAUGAAGAGCUUGUGGAUCGCAUGGAGACGAUGGGAGAGUGGAACCCGAAUGUCAAGGAGAUCAAGGUCCUGCAGAAGAUUGGAAAAGAUACGGUCAUCACCCACGAGCUGGCUGCAGAAGCAGCAGGAAACCUGGUGGGGCCGCGCGACUUUGUGAGCGUGCGCUGUGCCAAGCGCCGGGGCUCCACCUGCGUGCUGGCUGGCAUGGCCACACAAUUCGGGAAGAUGCCUGAGCAGAAAGGCGUCAUCAGAGCUGAGCACGGUCCUACCUGCAUGGUGCUCCGUCCCCUGGCUGGAAGUCCCUCAAAGACCAAACUCACCUGGCUGCUCAGCAUUGACCUCAAGGGGUGGCUGCCAAAGACGAUCAUCAACCAGGUCCUAUCACAGACGCAGGUGGAUUUUGCCAACCACCUGCGCAAGCAUCUGGAGUCCAGCCCUGCCCAUGAAGCCAGGUGUUGAAGACCAACCUGCUGCUGCCACUGUGCCCAGCUGCACUGGUUUGUGUGCACGUUAGGACAAUCCCCGAGGAAGCCUGCACAUCUGUCUCAGAUCUCCACCUGGCGACAGUGGAUGGGGUGGGUGGAGUAUGAUACUAGGGCUGACUCAGACAGGUGAUGGUUUUAGUGCCAAGAAAAUAAGGAUGAGGCUCUUAGAUAAAGAGGUAACUUCAUUCACACAUUAGCUGUUCAGGAGCCUUAGAAGGUUAAGGCUCCUAAAAUAUUUGUGCAACUUUUUUCUGGGCCCUUACAAGUUCACCUAAAGCCUCUUAAACAUGCUAAUGGCUGGCAGUGGAUGCGGAGGAUGUUAACUACAGGGACUGGGAAAUUUUGUUUCAUGGGCCCAAGAAUGCUCUUCCCUGCAGCAGUACGUGCGGACAAAGCGGAGUCUCGCAAAGGAGGCUCCAGCAACCCUCUGCUCCUCCACCAAGUAGCUACAGAGCUACACUAAAGAGCAAGCAACUGCCCGCAGCAGGCACCUUCUAGAAAUAUAGCCCAAGUUUUCUCCAUGGAAAACUAUAAAACUAAUUGUUAGACUGGCUUCUCUACUUCUUCCCUAAGCACCAGUCAGAAUAAAGAGUCAUAAUUAACACAAAAACAUUAGUCUGGACCUGCUUUAAAAUUCUACUCUUAGAUUACAACUUCAUACUAGAGUAGUCCCGGAAGUUUUUUUUUUUUUUAAGGUAGAUACUCUCUCCGUCGCCCCAGGUAGAGUGCAG